GCCACCUAAGCUCUACCCAACUAAUUUGAAAUUCUAGAAAUUCACCUUAUAUUAUAGGAGUAUAUAUACUCUGUUUGCAGAUUCGAACAAACCAAAAACAGAACACUUUCGAAAAUUCUUACACUUCUUAGUUCUUACAAAUUCUUCUUCUUCUUCUUCUUCUUCUUCUUCUUUUAUUGUAUGGAUUGGACCAGAGGCCAUACUAUAGGCCACGGCUCAUCUGCCGCAGUAUCCGUUGCCAAGUCACGUUUCUACGAUGAUGUUUUUGCUGUCAAAUCAGUGGAGCUAUCCCAGUCGCACUUCUUGCAAAAAGAGCAAACAAUUCUGUCCAAAUUGAGGUCACCUUACAUAGUUACCUACAAGGGGUACGAUGUUACCAAAGAGAACAAUAAACUCAUGUUCAAUCUAAUGAUGGAUUACAUGUCCGAUGGGACACUUUCCGAUGAAAUUAGGAAACAGGGUGGUCGGAUCAAAGAGCCACUGAUCGGGUAUUAUACCAAGCAAAUUGUACAAGGAUUAGAGUACCUACAUACAAGGGGCAUAGUACACUGUGACAUUAAGGGACAGAACAUUUUGUUAGGUAAAACUGGUGUCAAAAUUGCUGACUUUGGUUGUGCUAAGUGUGAUGAUCCGGCAGAGCAAGAUUGUGGUGCGGUUGCUUCUACCUCCGAGCCAAUUGGUGGAACGCCGAUGUUCAUGGCACCAGAGGUGGCGCGUGGGGAAGAACAAAGGUGUCCAGCUGAUAUUUGGGCAUUGGGAUGUACUAUUAUUGAAAUGGUAACCGGUGGAUCCCCGUGGACUAAUGUGACAAAUGCAGCCUCAUUGCUUUACAAAAUUGCAUUUUCAGGGCAAUCCCCUGAAAUUCCAAAGUUUCUGUCUUUACAAGCAAAGGAUUUCUUAAGCAAAUGCUUGAGAAGAGAUCCAAGGGAAAGAUGGACGGCUAAAGAGCUCCUCAAACAUCCAUUUCUUGAAGAAGCCCAUUCGAUUUUGAUGGCAAAUCAAGAUUUUGUUACAGGCUCUCCAACAAGCAUUCUUGAUCAAGACAUUUGGAAUUCGGUUGAGGAAUCGGAAACUAUGGAAUAUUCAAUACAAACAGUAAAUUCAAUGGACUCUCCACUGCAAAGGGUAACAGAAUUGGGUUCGAAUUCAGGAGAAUUGAAUUGGAGAUGGAAUGAUGAUGAGAGAUGGAUCACAGUUAGAAGCAGUAAAUAACUCAUGGAACAAUGACUUUUGCUGUAAAUUUUGUAGUAGACAAUAGUGUACAGAUCCAUUAAUUCCUACAAGAUAUUAAAAAAAAUUCUGUUAUCUCUUGCGAACUGUCGAGAAAUUAAAAUGUUGAUAUUUAAACAUCUAAGUGGCAUUUGUCAGUUUGCUAA